GGCGGUAAAGCGCGUAAAGCUGUUUGACAAUCAUCAAAUAACCACAAAAGAAGAAGAGGCGCGUUGUGUUGUUGAACCGACCCGUUUCAUUUUCAAGAAUCAUAGCCGGGGAUUGUGGUGACAACACGCAGCAAAGUACAUACUGUAUUUGGUGCACUGACCCAAAAACAAGAAGACAGCACAUAUUCGACAACGGCCCAUGACACUGCUAUACAAACCCAAACUCUUGUGAAGACAAUGGAGAAACCUCCCUUCAGGCAGAACCAGAACUGCGGAGACUGGGAGUUGAAAGAGAGGCUGGGUAUGGGCGGGUUUGCCCAUGUUUACCUCUACCAACAUCAUGAAACAAAUGAAAAACUAGCUGUGAAAAUGUGCCGCCUGGAGCUCACACCAUGGAAUAAGGACAGAUGGAGCAGAGAAAUCCAAAUCAUGAAAAAGUUAAAUCACAUCAAUGUUGUGACAGCCCGAGAUGUCCCGGAGGAGAUGAAGCCCAUAGCCUUAAAUGAUCUUCCACUGCUGGCUAUGGAGUACUGCGCCUGGGGGGACCUGAGGAAGGUGCUGAGCAAACCUGAGAACUGCUGUGGUUUAAAAGAGAGCGAAGUGCUUUCAUUACUCAAUGAUGUUGGAUCUGGUAUCCAGUAUCUCCAUGAAAACAAGAUCAUACACAGAGACCUUAAGCCUGAAAACAUAGUGCUGCAAGAUAUCAGUGGAAAGCUGGUUCAUAAAAUCAUUGACUUGGGCUAUGCUAAAGACCUGGACCAGGGCAGUCUGUGCACCUCCUUUGUUGGCACGCUCCAGUACCUGGCACCUGAGCUGUUUGAGAAUAAACCUUACACUGUUACUGUGGACUACUGGAGCUUUGGAACCAUGAUAUUUGAAUGCAGUUGUGGUUUUCGCCCAUUCCUGCACAACCUGCAACCUGUGCAGUGGGCCAGCAAAGUGAGGAAUAAAGGCCCAAAGGACAUCAUGGCUGUAGAAGAACCGAAUGGAGAAGUCAGAUUCUCCACACACCUCCCCUACCCCAACAACCUCAGCAGGACACUGUUGGAGCAAAUGGAGGCGCUACUUCAGCUGAUGUUAAAGUGGGAUCCUGUCCAGAGAGGAGGCAAAGUCAAUCCCGACACCAAGAAACCCCUGUGCUUUGAAGUGCUGGAGCAGAUACUGAGUAUGAAGGUUGUUCACAUCCUGAACAUGACCACAGCUCAGGUCCCCUCUUUCCAGCUGACUCCAGACGAGAGCCUCCACAGUCUGCAGAAGCGCAUCGAGGCUGAGACCAAGAUAGAAGUGGUGAACCAGGAGCUGCUGCAGGAAACGGGAGUCUCUCUGGACCCCAGGAAGCCUGCAGCACAGUGUGUCCUAGACGGAGUGAGAGGGUGGGAUAGCUACAUCGUCUACUUGUUUGACAAGAGCAUCACCAGGUACUCUGGCCCCUUCAGCGCUAGACAGCUGCCUGAUAAAGUCAACACUAUUGUGCAAGAGGCCAAGAUCCAGUUGCCCCUGGUUAUGUUGAAGAAGGUUUGGGGUGAAGCUGUGAGCUACAUCUGUGGCCUGAAGGAGGACUACAGCCGACUUUUCCAAGGACAGAGGGCUGCAAUGUUGAGCCUCCUGCGCUACAACACAAACCUGACCAGAUAUAAGAACAACAUGUUUGGCUUCUCUCAGCAGCUGAAGGCCAAACUGGACUUCUUCAAGAGCAGCAUCCAGUACGACCUGGAAAAGUACAGCGAUCAGAUGCACUAUGGCAUAUCCUCUGAAAAGAUGCUGAAAGCCUGGCAGGAGAAUGAAGAAAGAGCUGCUGCUUUUGCACAGGUGGCAGAGGUGAGCCAUUUGGAUGAUGAGAUCAUGGCUCUGCACUCAGAAAUAGUGGAACUUCAGAGGAGCCCGUACGCCCGACGGCAAGGAGACAAGAUGGAGCAGCUAGAAGAGAAGGCGAUUGAGCUCUACAGGCAACUGAAGAUGAAAUGCAAAACACCUGAACCAGAUGUGAGCAGUGACAGCUCUGAGAUGGUGAAGGCCAUCAUUCAGACUGUCCAGAACCAAGACAAGGUCCUCAAAGAUCUGUACACCCACCUCAGUAAGAUCCUGAUCAGCAAACAAAAGAUCAUAGACUUGUUUCCACGUAUUGAGAAAACACUGGAGAGCAUCAAGGAUGCAGACAACACAGUGAUGCAGAUGCAGAUAAAGAGACAGAGAGAGUUUUGGCAUUUACUGAAGAUCGCCUGUGCUCAAAACUCGUCACGCAGCUCGAUAGCAGCCAGUCCUGAUUCCUCCAAUCUGCUGCAGGUUUCUCAGUGGUCACAGUCAGUACAGCCCAUCAGCUCCCCACACCCCCUGACCUCGCUGCCUGGGCCAAAUGACAGUGAUGCGGCCCCACGUUUGCUGCAGGAGAACCAGAAGUACCUCAGUCAGCUGACCAGCCUGAUGCAGGAGGCUGCUGAUGACCAGGCCAAAAGCAUAGUGGACCAAGACUGGAGCUGGACGAAAUAUGAAACUUUAACAACAAAAUUAAAAAAGCGAAAUGCGUAAGUCCCGUUGCGUCUUCCAUCCACGGCUGUGCUACAACUAACACUAAGGACUGUAAUCUGUUAAUGCAGUGGAGUGGGCUCAGACAUUGUACACGGACUCGGGAUAUUCCACUAAAAAUGACUCUCCUGGUCUUUUAAAUAAUAACACGAUGGAAUUUGCACAUGCUCAGUGGUGUCUGUCCACUCCCAUCGUGUGACAUGGUGGAAAAGCUGAUCGGUGAAUAUUCUUGUUUUUCUAUGAAAAAAAACAAAUGAAGCUGUCUCUUUACUCCUCUUCUUUUUGCUGCGCAGUAUUCAUCGUACCCCAUAAGAACCGGUGAUAUUCCUUUCUACUGUUAUUGCAGAACUGAGCGAACUGUUGCACCAGAUUUGGGGAUUUGUGGUGAAGUUAUCACAUGGGAGAAUAGUCGACAGAAACAUGGGAACUUGUUCAACCUCAUGACAUAAAAGGAGAACACAGGAAGUGGUGGGGGAGGGAGGGAGUCAAGAAGGAAAUUAUUCAAACGGCACUUUGAUAGCUCCGUGUGUCCACUUUGUCAAGAGAAGAAAUGCUUCCGGCUGCCAGAGCUGUUGCAGAAAUCACAGUCAUGACAAGAGUAAGCGGUUUUCAUCACUCCUCAUCAGUUCGAUAUGCAUUCCUAUAUGCAUUCUGGGGUUUAGAGUCUGUCAUUGUGUAUACAUGUGAGAUGUGGCUGGCCAUUAUGUUUAUACAUUUGUCUUUUAAAAAUGGGUUUGUCAUCUCUUUCAUGUGCACACACUAUUUCACUGAAUGGUUAAUGUUGUGUUCAUGUCCUGUAAAGCUGUUGGUCAGUAGUCAAGUUUACAUCCAUAGUUUUACAGUUUAAAUGAUUUUCCCACAAAUCAGCAGCACAAAAUGUAAAUUAAUGUUUCCAUCCAUUACUGUUCAGCACAUAUCAAGAGUUGAGGUGUAUUAAAGCAGAGUGGUGCUAAUUCUACUGUCCUCAAUAGGACCCAAGAGGAUGAUGCUGUUAAGAGAACUAACAGGAGAUUGCUCAGUCAAAAAAUGGUUUUGAAAAUCUGUAGUUUAUUUUCAUUUUUUUUAAACAAGAUUUUUGACAGUUGACUUUCCAGUGUCACUGUAAAAAUCUGGUUACAAAAGUAUGUUUUGGGGCUUUAAUUAAAACAAACGUGAAUGUUUCACUUGAGCCAAAGUUUAUGUUCAAAGUAAUAAAGGCCAAAUUGAAUAUGUGGUGUUGCAUAGUGCAUUGUUUUGGAACCUUGUGCAAUCACCUCCGCUGGGCUUGUUAUGAAUUAAUAUAGUGAUUCUUUGUUAUCAGUUAAUUUAGUUUAUGAAAUGUCAGAAAACAGUGAAAAAUGCUUAUAAUUUUCCAGAGCCGAAGAGGAUGUUUUUAGAUUUUUCAUUUUCAUUUUCCAACAAAAACGAUAAAUCUCCACUCUAUUCAUCUUAAAAUAAUAAAAAAAUGGAGAAAAGCAGCACAUUCUCACAUAGGAGUAACUGGAACCAGAAAAUGUUUAGCAUUUUCAUGAAAAAAAAUUGCUGAAAUGAAUAAUCAGUCAUAUUUGUCCAAUAAUUUGUUGUCAUUCAACUUAUUGAGCUGCAGUGAUGAGUUGAUUAAUUGAUCUACAGUAUUAAUGAAAGUUCAGUGGUUCCAGGUUCUGACGUGUGAGAAUUUGCUGUUUUUCCCCUCAUCUUAUAUUAUACUGAGUAUCUUUGAGGUUUAGACAUUUGGUUGGACAAAAUGAGCCGUUUGAAGACAUCUUCUGGGGCUGUAGCAAAUUUUAAAUAACUUUUUUUUUUGGUCUUUUAAAUGUUUUGUAGAGGAAGUGAGAAAUCAGUUACAGUAAUAACACAUGGAUCAAUAAUGACAGUGAUUGCUAGUUGCAGCUUUGGACUCAUCUAUUUACGGUAAUUGACUAAUCUUUCAGCUUUGGUGGCAACCAUGAGACGCUCUACCUUCCAUCUCAUAUGUCAUGAAAGUAGCAUUUUACACAUAGAGCACUGGUUUCCAUAAACAUGGUAGCACAGCUGACGUCUCCACCUGCUGAUCCAGUGAAAUGAAUCUGAAUGACUGGAUCUGAGUGCAGAGACGCACACGGGAAACUAGAGUGAAUGAUUGAAUGUAAUGCAGCUCCAUUGUCACUUGGUUACUAUGGGCCAGGGAGAAAUGAACUUUCUGAGUUGUAUUUAUCAAGUGCAAUAGAGAAAAAGCCUUUUGGUAUUUAAGUAACUUGAUUUGCCACUUUCUUUCCAAUUUAGUAUUUUGUUUCCAUCUGAUGGUUUCAACUUGUCUCUAAAUGUAAACUCUUUUAUUAAAUAUUGUUUUAUUAUUAAAACUUGUUUGCCUGGUAAUAAAAUAAAAU